ACUGACUUUAUAAGAUUCAUAAUUCAUAAUAAUAAAGAAGGAAUUUUCUCUAAUAAUAACAAUGCACAUUAGAUGGCGCGAUACUGACUACUUUUUAAAGGUGGGAGUUACCGAUUUGAAAGAAUAUAUUGUAUUUGAUUGGUGAAUGAUAAGCGAAAAGAGAAAAGAACUACACAACAAAUUGUGACUUUCCAUGAUUCAUCGUAUUCAUAAGUUUGCACAAUCAGAAUGUAAUCUGUCUACAAUAAUUUCUGUGACAAUUAAAUAUAAGAGCAAUGAGUGAAAGAUAAAUUUAACCUAUUAAUCGAAAACGGUGUAACACCUUGUAAGGUCAUUGUUAGUUAAUCAUGGGGGUUGCUUAAAGGGUUAACAAAGUACUUAAGAAUAGUGAUCACAAUGAUAAAUUUGUUUGUAAUAAUGCGCGAUAAGUAUUAUUUUAUGGGAUGAAUUCUUCUCCUAUUUCGGUGUCUCUCUGCGUUAUUCGCGUCGAGAUUAUUGACGAGGAUUCUGAAGAAUCGAAUGGCGCAAUGGCUACUAAGAUGAGGGGUUGCAGAGAACCAUCCAAAAUAAACAUGGAAAAUUGCACAAAUCUUACAGAGAAUCAAGACUCUGCAGUUCCUUCUCAAGGAACUAGCAAAUCUAGCUCUGCCUCUAGAGCUAAUUCAGAGGAAAAUACCUAUGAUGAUUCAGAGAUAGCUGGUGCAAGUGCCUGUGCCUGUGAUCAAAUCAAUUUUAUCUCUGGGAACCCAUUUGUCGAAGUGACGAAAGGAAUUAUACACUUGUAUAAGGAAAACAAAUUAACGGAUAUACACCAUGCAGCAGAACGUACCCAAACUAUCUGCAUUCUCUCAGUUCCAGCUACAAUGACCUGUCAUGAUCUUCUAAGGUUUACAGCACCUUGCCAUCAAGAUGUUCGGCAUUUUAGGAUACUUAGAGAUGGUAGUCCCAAUCAAUAUAUGGCAUUGAUUACCUUCAAAUCUGCUAAUGCAGCAACAGAAUUUUAUGGUUCCUUUAAUGGCACUCCAUAUAAUUCUUUUGAACCAGAUGUUAUUUGUCACAUGGUAUUUGUGUACAGUGUUGAAGUGACAUAUAACGCUAUGCCUUUAUCUGGACACACAGAAUUACCACUUUGUCCAGUUUGUUUAGAGAGAAUGGACGAAAGUGUUGACGGGAUUUUAACAAUAUUAUGCAACCAUACAUUUCAUGCAAGUUGUUUAGCUAAAUGGGGAGAUACCUCCUGUCCAGUUUGUAGAUAUGCUCAAACACCAGAAUCAUUUGCAGACAGUUACUGUAUGGAAUGUAAUACUGGAGAAAGCAAUGAUGCUUUAUGGAUUUGUCUAAUAUGUGGACAUAUAGGAUGUUCGCGAUAUCAUCAGGGACAUGCUUUUCAGCACUAUCGUGAAACACAUCACUGUUACGCUAUGCAAUUAGGAAAUAACAGAGUCUGGGAUUAUGUCGGAGAUAAUUUUGUUCAUCGAUUACUGCAAAACAAAGAUGGAAAAAUGGUUGAAGGUGGACCUACAGCAACUAAAGCUGAAGGAGCAGCAAUGGAAGAAAAAGUAGAUUCCGUACAGUUAGAAUUCACGUAUCUUUUAACAUCGCAGUUGGAAACUCAACGACAGUAUUUCGAGGAUAGGUUGGCGCGAUUAGAACAGCAUUCUGUAUUACAAACUACAGAACUUAGAGAAAAAGUGGGUCAAGUAUCAGAAGAAAAUGCCAAAACUAAGGAACAAUUAGCAACAUUGACUCGGGAGAAACAAAAUGUGGAUAAACGACUACAGCAAGUUAGUAAUAAAUUGGUACAAGUACAAGCAGAAUUAACUGAAGAAAAGGAACUAAGGAAAGCAUUGGAAUUAAAUCAAGCCUCUUGGCAAGAUAAAUAUAAAAUGCUGCAAGAUGAAAUGACCGAGUAUCAAAAGACAAAGCAGACGGAAAUAACGAAUUUAAAAGAGCAAGUACAGGAUUUAAUGUUUUAUCUUGACGCUCAAAACAAAGUCGAAAAUUCAGAAUUGCGAGAAGAAAUAGCAUCAGGUCGUAUAGUAAUUCCAGAAACCUCUAAUUCUGCUAAGAAGAACAUUCGACCUUCUAAAUCUCGUAAAAAACGUUGAUGUUAUUCGCUAAUAUUUUCUGUAAAAAGAUUGAGUUUCAAAUCAGAUCUAAAAAUUAAAAUCUGAUUUCAUACCUUUUUAUGUCAAAAUAAACAGCUGAAUUUUUUUACUGAUUUUAAGCAACAGCAACGUGAAAGUAUAGUAAUAUAAAAAUUAUGAUCAAUGCUAUAAACUACUGAUGUUUGUAAUUUCUGAAUGCAUUUUAAUAUUUAAUUCUUCCGAAUUAAAAUUAAUAUAUGAAAUUUUAAAUAUAAAUUGAUGCUAUAUAUGUAUAAACGAAAUCUGUUAUAUGGAGAGUUUCAAAUGUAAUCUAUCUCAAAAAUAAAAGAUGUUGUUUCAUAUUUA